AAUGUCAACAGCCACACACUGUCACCCACCCCAACCCCCAUACCCACUGCCUGCCUGGCUCUGUAGCCUUCAGGGGGAGCAACCACACAGAUAGAUCAGGGUGGAUCGAAGUACCCAGAGUGACCCCUGAGUUUCCUCAACGAGUCUGCUCACAAAGUCCAGAUAGAAGCGGCUACAGAUUAGGCCUUGUACAGUUUGUCGGGCUACUCCUUUGCUGCUUGAACCGUCCUGUCUGAAAGCCACAAUGUCACAGUUCAGCACACUGUCUCCCAGAGAAAGGAAGAUGCAAGCAGCUGCUAUUUGUCGGGAGAUCCAUGGUGGCGCCAAUGGUGACACUAUGGACCUCGGUAAAAAGCUGUGCACACCGAAAGAUAUCAUGCUGGAGGAGCUCUCUCUGCAGACAAACAGAGGCUCCCGCCUUUUUAAAAUGAGACAGAGACGAUCUGAAAAGUACACAUUCGAGAGCAUUCAGAAUGAGACUAACACACAGUUUAAUAAUGACAUCCAGGUGGAGGGUGUGGAAAAUGCUGAGGGCAAAGGAGACAUGUCAAAAACACCCCCAAACACCCCCGACCCCAGGAACGCGCUGAGCCCUGAAGGAAUAGCACCAGGUUAUGGAGGUCCACUGAAAGACGUUCCUCCUGAGAAAUUCAACAUUACCGCCAUGCCCAAAUCCUACCACUCCCCCUGGGAGCAGGCCAUCAUCAACGACCCCAUUCUGGCCGAUACACUCAAGCUCACAAUGCCUGCUCCUGAGGCUAAACAAGAAGGGCCUGACUAUAAGAGCUUCAACAGGGUGGCCACGCCGUAUGGAGGUUUUGAUAAAACUCCACGUGGCAUUUCCUUCAAGGUGCCUGCCAUGGACCUGAACCCUCCUGCCUACCCCGAGCUGCAGGACCCUGGUGCAAAAAGACCCAGUUUCAACAGAAUGGCCCAAGGCUGGAUCUCUGAUGGCACUACCCUCAUGAUGCCCGGUGUCCCCAUGGACCCACCUGAGAUCCCGGAGUCUGAUGACCUCUAAGAUGGACACCAAGAAGAAAAAAAGAUGGGCUGUAAUCAACCAGACAAAACAUUGUGCUUGAGCUUGUCCACGAUCAGUCAACAGUGUUGGGAGGGUUUGGCCUGUCAGUGCAGGUGUGGGGUCAGUAAGGAGGUGGGGGCAGAUGAUCUCAGAUCAGUACUGGAGAGAAAACUCCCAAGUAAGCAAGAACCUUUAUGCUUUGCACAGAGAUAGCAAUUAAACCCGGUAUCAGUAGGUGGUAAGGGAGGUGGACAAUUAGGCCCUACAUUUUUGCACGCCCUUUCAAAAAACAGUAUCCCCUGUCUAAAGAGAAUAAACUUUGUUGUAAAUGCCAACUACUCCCUUGCCUAAAUAUGAUGUCAGAAAUAACUGUGUAAAUAAUAAGUGAUUAAGUGCCUUGAAGCAAAUGAGUGUACAAUUAGCAGCGCUUUUUAGUCAUUAGAAUUGGUAGAUUACCCAGUUUGGGCUGCAUUUGGUUCCCUUGUAAUCUAGGUGAAAUACAAAUCAUCUACAGUUGAAUGUAUUGUUCGGUGACACCAAAACAGACUGCACUCAGAAUAGUUAUUAUCUUUGACUAUAAUAAAAUGUAUAUUUAUUCUUGUGUAUAGUUAUCACAAUGUCGAAAUAAAGAGGGCAGGAUGCAAA